CACAAUAAAAUAAAUAAAUAAAAACUCAUGUUCGAUUUAAAACAAAAAAAGGUUAAAUAACUAACUCCACAAACAUUCAAGUGUCGGGGAGGCCAUGUUAUGGUGUACCCAGCGGGGACUCGGGCAAGUACGAUUUGAGAGUGAUGCUCAGGUGGUGAUCAAUCGGCUCGCGAAAUCCCCGGUGCAGGAUAGUCGUGCAGGUGCUAUAUUUCAAGAGGUCCAGCGGUGUCUGGCGGAGCAGGAAGAGUUUAGUGUCCGGUUUGUAGGUCGGCGUAGUAAUAGGGUAGCCCAUUUGGUGGCUCGCAAAGCUCUUUCUUUGUACCCGACGACGAGCGUUCGUUUGAUUUUGUGGCCUGGUUGAGGCACAGGCUGUAAUUGUCUAUUUUUCCUUAUCAAUAUAUGAUUAUCUUUUGUAAAAAAAAAAAACAUUCAAGUGUUGGAAUGAAGUGGUGUCAGUUACAACUUCAAUACAUUCAUACAUAAUUUGCAACAACAAUCCUUUAGCUGACUAGAACUUCAAGUUUUCAAUACAUCACACAUGAUAGAUUAUUUGCAAGAUGAAACUCUAAUUUAAUUUUGAACAUUUCUCUCAAUGCAUAAAUAAUGCUUAGUCACUACAUGCUAAAAUUUUAAACCAUCAAAUGUAAACAUUGUGAUAAUUAAAUAAUUAAGUAUAUGAUUUAUAUUGUAAAAUAACCUGCAUUUGAGAUUCGGGUGAGUUUUACAUUCAAUGUUUUUCACUUGGAUUUAAGGGGAAAUCCUCUUAAAGAGGGGAUGAUGUGGACAUCAAUAAAAUGAUCAAGUCAACUCAGUAAACUCUAACAUUGGGUCACGAAGCCAAGAAGUUUAAACCUCCAAUGCAAACAUAUUUGGCCACAUAUUUUCCUUCUUUGAAGGCCAAUUAGUUCAAAAAUAGUCAAUUUGGUCUAUGUUCAAGAAGAGAUCGAAGAAGUCACAAGUCCUCCAACCCAAUUAUUUCAAGCUUAGGGAAUCCAAAUUAAGCCAACAACCUUUUUUGGAACCCAAGUCGUCUAUCCUUCUUGCCCAAAUUGUCCAAGUGUGGAAAUGAGAAGGAAAGAGAUUACUUAGCUACUAAGGAGCUUCUUUUAACAUUAAAGAUGAGGUUAAUUC